AUGAAAUCUAAAGCCUUUAGUUAGAGUUGUUCCAUUGAGGGAAGAUUAAGAGCUCGUAGCUUAAAUGCGUCGUAUUAUUACGAAUUUGCAUAAGUGCCAAAAACUCGACUCUCUUAAGCUACAGUCUUAAAAACAGACGGCCAAGAGAAAUCACGAAGAUUGCUCUUUCAUCAUCGAACGAUGCUGAUAGACAAACUCGUUUAGAGGGAUAAGAAAUCCCAAAAGUAACGAGUGUCGAGGAAUAAGAUGUACGAAUUCAAGGAAUCCCAGUAACGGAGACUUAGCUGUCAUUGUAAUGAAUGUGGAAAAAGAUCAAAUAAAAUGAAUAAAUUUCAUAAUAUAUUACCGAAAUCAGAAAAAUCCAUUAAAGAAUUCUGGUCCAGUUCAAAUUUACAACCAUAAUAAUAAUCUUUACUCACAAUCUCAACAAAAUCAUUAAAGUCUACUACAACUCUCCUCUCUAUUGAUAUGAGUCCUCACAAAAUCAGACCCAAGAUCGAAAGUCCGAUUUCAAAGAGAUUAAACUCAAAUUAUAAAUUAAUUAGCACGCCCUCUAUAAAUUUGAAACCAUAUCUUUGGGAACAAUCCCCUUAAAAACAAGCAAACCAACAUCUCAAAACAGACUCAACCCAAUUGAUAUUGAAACCCAUAUCACUCAGAGCCUCUGCCCCGAAUUUAGAAACAUUUGACUAUUCAUCCAAACACAGUAGUCCCAGAAGAGGACAAUCAAAUUAGAAUAUCAAGCAAGAAAUCCAAGUAUUGACUCAACGAAACUUCUCCAAAAGAAUGAUUUAAACUUGUUAUUUAAAGACAUUCUCUGGUAUUCAUCUUCGUAAUACCCUCCUGAGUACAAAAAAGGAAAUAAAGCAUUGAAUUAAUAUCAUAUUUUGAUUAUAAUUUAGACAUAUAAUAAUAUUA